AUGAAAUUACCCUCUUGGAAUGGCACCUUGAAGCGAUACGUCCUUGCGGUAUGCCUGGUGUUCUUGCUCGAGAUCUGGUUUCACCUAUCAACAAGUCGGUCAACAGAACAGCCCCGGAUCCAUGUCGACAAAACACCCUUUUCGAGUUGCCAUGCGGAGGAACUUUCGCUGGACCACGAUGCCGCAGUAGCUCGACAAAAUGCAACCAUACUCAUGCUUGCCAGGAACAGCGACCUCAAAGAAGCCAUGGAGUCCCUCGUAUCCUUUGAGUCGCAAUUCAAUCAUCGAUACCACUAUCCGGUCGUCUUUCUCAAUAACGAGCCCUGGACCGACGAGUUUAUGCAAGGGGUGUCGAGCAUCGUCAGUGGACAAGCCAUCUUCGACACCAUUUCUCCGGAGAUGUGGGGUUACCCCGAUCAUAUCGAUCAAGAUGCUGCUCGAGCACACAUCAAGGCGCAGGGAGACAAAGGAAUUAUCCACGCAGGACAAGAAAGCUAUCACCACAUGUGUCGUUUUUAUUCAAUGAAGUUUUACGACCAUCCUGCCAUGCAACCGUACAAAUGGUAUUGGCGCAUCGAACCUGGCAUCUCCUUCGCCUGCCCCAUGACCUUCGACCCGUUUGCAUACAUGUCGCGCGAAAACAAACGCUACGCCUACGCAAUUGCACUGCAAGAAGUCGGGUCCACGGUCCGCAGCCUUUACAGAGUGGUCAGCGACUACAAAGACCGCAUGGAUAUAAAGCCCUCACGAUACUGGAACGCCCUGAUAAGUCCCUCAUGGGCACCCCUACCAAUCCGCUGGUUAUUGCGUCUAGCGCCCUACCGUGAUGUCAACGGCGACGAGUGGAAUCUCUGCCACUUCUGGAACAAUUUUGAAAUCGCCGACUUGGAUUUCUUCCGCAGAGAGGAUUAUAGACAAAUGAUGGAGCAUCUGGACAAACUCGGCGGUUUCUAUUCCGAACGCUGGGGUGAUGCUUCCGUGCGAUCUUUUGCGGCGACUCUGCUGCUCAAGCCACAAGAGAUACACUAUUUUGGCGAUGACAUAUGUUAUUGUCAUGGCGACUUUUGCUCACCUGGGAUUAACUUGCUGGAUGGGAACACCAGCUGUCCUGUGAAGCAGCCAGUGGAGGAGAAAGACCAGAAGGGCACGUUCAAUCAGAUGUGUCAUGACAGGUUUAGGCAAGCCAAUGUGAUAUGA